GCCAGCCAUGCCGCAUAGCGCUGAGCGCGCCCACUAAAAAGUCGUCCUCUGCAUCGCUGAAUGCGAGCGAGCCAGCGCCGUCUUCGGUGCACAGGUGCCCCGCGAUCCGGUUUUGCAUCCCGCUAUUACUCCUCCCACUUGCAAAAGAUUCCCUUUCUUCUUCUUCCUGCAUUGUACAUCAUUUUUACUAGUCGCCCGCGAAAAUCUGCGCAACAUGCCGAUGCUCAAGGACCCCUCCACGAAAUACAAGCGGUUUCAGCCAAUCAACCUGCCCAAUCGCCAAUGGCCGUCAAAGACCAUCGAUAAGCCCCCAAGAUGGCUGUCGACCGAUCUGCGCGAUGGUAACCAGAGUUUAGUCGAUCCCAUGGUAAGUACAAUAUCCUGUGCCUUUCUUUUCUUUUCUUUGGAAAGUUGGGAGAGCAUGCUAUCUUGUGUGACACACGAUGGCCCGCUUACACUCGUAUGAUGUUAGAACGGAGAGGAGAAAUGGCGCUACUUCAACAUGCUCGUCCAGAUGGGCUACAAGGAGAUUGAAGUCUCUUUCCCCUCGGCCUCGCAAACCGAUUUCGACUUCACUCGCCGCCUGAUCGAAACCCCCGGAACCGUCCCCGACGACGUCUGGCUGCAAGUGCUGUCGCCGUGCCGCGAGGAUCUCAUCCGCCGCACUGUCGAGUCCCUGCGCGGCGCCAAGAAGGGUCUUAUUCACAUCUACCUUGCUACUAGCGAGUGCUUCCGCCGCGUAGUCUUCAACCACUCUGAGGAGGAGACCAUCGCCCUGGCCACAAAGUGCGCCAAGCUUGUACGCUCUUUGACCAAGGAUGAUCCUACGCAGAGCGGCACCGAGUGGGCGUUUGAAUUCAGCCCUGAAUGCUUCUCUGAUACCAGCACCGACUUCGCUAUCCAAGUUUGUGAAGCCGUCAAGGCCGCCUGGGAGCCGUCAGUGGAGAACCCCAUCAUCUUCAACCUGCCGGCGACGGUGGAGAUGUCGACGCCCAACGUAUACGCCGACCAGAUUGAAUACUUUUGCACAAAUAUCUCGGAGCGCGAAAAGAUCUGCGUGUCCCUGCACCCCCAUAACGACAGAGGCUGCGCUGUUGCCGCUGCUGAGCUGGCCCAGAUGGCUGGCGCCGACAGAGUGGAGGGCUGCCUGUUUGGCAACGGUGAGCGUACCGGCAACGUCGACCUCGUCACCCUCGGCCUGAACCUGUACACCCAGGGCAUCCACCCCAAGAUUGACUUUUCUGACCUUGAGAGUGUCAUCGACACAGUGGAAGUUUGCAACAAGAUCCCCGUACACCAACGUGCGCCGUAUGGUGGCUCCCUGGUGGUGUGUGCCUUCAGUGGCUCGCAUCAGGACGCUAUCAAGAAGGGCUUCCAGAAGCGCGAGGACGAGGGCAAGGCCUACGAGGACCACUGGCAGCUUCCCUACCUGCCUCUGGAUCCCAAGGAUAUCGGCCGAACCUACGAGGCCGUCAUCCGUGUCAACUCGCAGAGUGGCAAGGGUGGUGCCGCCUGGAUUAUCCUGCGCCAUCUCAACCUCGAUCUGCCCCGUGGUCUGCAGAUUGUCUUCUCGUCCAUUGUGCAGAAGAAGGCCGACGAGCUUGGCCGCGAGCUGCUGUCCAACGAAAUCACAGACCUCUUUGAGCAGACCUACUUCCUCAAGUCGAACCCGCGCUUCACCAUCGUCGACUACAACAUUACAGCCGACCGCUCCAAGUCGCCUGCUCCCCCGGCCGAAGGCAAGACGCAAGAUACCAAGGACCUCAAGCGUAUGUUUGAGGGUGUCGUCUCAGUGGACGGCCGUGAGUUCAAGCUCCGCGGCCGCGGUAACGGUCCUAUCUCGUCUCUGGCCAACGCCCUCAAGAGCGUCGGCAUCAGCCUGGACGUCCAAGACUACAAGGAGCACGCUAUCGGUCGCGGUCGCGAUGUCAAGGCUGCUACUUACAUAGAGUGUACUGCGGCAGGCAGCCAGCAAAAGGUUUGGGGUGUUGGUAUCCACGAAGAUGUGGUCCAGAGUUCUCUGAUUGCUCUCCUGAGCGCAGCCAGCAACUUUGCUGCUAGCCGACCUGGUAGCCCAUUCGUCCCUCGCCCUGUGGCUGACGAUGUUCCCGAAAAGCUGGACCUGAACAACGGUCCCAACUAGCGCGGCCCAUCAUUGCGUUAUGAGUCUUAACAUGUGCUGGUGGUGUUGAUGCGUAAUUUAUUUGCUAAUAUUCUACUGUUUUGUGGCGAGUGAGAUGGGCUGGGGAAGUGAGCCUACAAAAAGCAAGAUUUUUGAGAGAGUAUCAGAGAGGAAUUGAUCUGUUGUGACACUUUUAUGCCUAGCUCGUUUGACAUGUAUUAACUUGUUCACUGUAAAGUGUACUAUCUGCCACUGUGAUAUGUAGUGCUUGUAGCUAUAAUCCGAGAUUAAGCACACAGCCCAGGGCUACUCUGUUCACUCGAUUGCCACGCCUGGCACGAGCCUCCGUGCCAGCUACUCGCCACUCGGCGUCAGUGAAGGAGGGUGGUAGAGUUUACAGCUAGGAAUGCGGGCGGAAAGUCAAUCCGCUGCCAUCACCGGCGGGACACACGCGCACUAUUGCUCGCGCCGUUGUCUUGUCUCAGAGACGCCUGGCCAUUGUCAUUUCACAUCAUUUCAGCAAUGACAAGGGCUCUUGUCUGGGGACGGCUGGGAUGAGGAGCGAUGGGGUUCCGGGUUGAGUGCGGGAGAGGCUUGGAAUUGGGGCUUUGUUUAUGAACAAGGGUUGAACUGCCGUUUUAUUUGCGUGUCUUUGACGUUUAGAUUUUAGAUGGAGCGAGUUUUUCGAGUCUGGUGAGGCUACCCGGGACGAGGUAUUGUGAAGACUCUGGCAAUUACUGCUGACAGAUUCUUGGCUAUCAUGUUCAAUUUGGACUGUAAUUUGACAGUAGAUUAUAUUUAGAUGAUUAACAGAUAUAUCAUAUAUAUCCAGUAAUCGAUAUUGGUGUAUGAGGGUUCAAGUUCAAAUGUAAAAACAACGGGACGUAAGUUGCUUGCAUCGUCAUUCACACACUUGGAUAUGUACAACCGGCCAAUCAAUAGCAAACUUACUCGCUCACUAAUCUCACCUAAGGCUCCAUUAUACUAAACAUCUCCAUCUUCUUACAGACAGAAUAAGCAGAAAAUUUUGCCGAAUUUUCUCUCUCGUGUUUUUCUUGCUGCGAAAUUACGGCAUCCGCGCCCCCAGCAUCAACAGCCCAAUUAAAGGGCUCGCAUUUUCCAGGCGGUGUCGCCCCAGCAACGCCCCCCUUUAGAGCCCAGGUAAUUGAAGACAGGCAGACAGUUGACAGCUGAACGCCCUUUGUGUUCCAAUGAGAGACGCGUCUUUUUUCCUUUUCGACGUGCUGUGAAAUUACCUAGCGGUUGGUGUUAAGGGGGUCUCGUAGCGUGUUUAGGUGUCUGUAAAGGGCUUGCAUGAGAAAUCUACAGCGUAGUCGAAACUCUAAAUCUGCGCUGCCCAGCGCUACGCGUGUAAAUGCGUAGAUACCUCUCUGUUGUAUUUACCGCCAGUGUUUUUCCAAGUAUUUUUUUUUGCUUUCGUUUUCCAGGCUAUCCCCUCUUUUUUCGCUGCG